AUGUCUACUGCUACUGCUCAAGCGCCCGCUCCGGGCCGUAAGCUCGAGAAGAAGCCUAUCAAGUUCAGCAACCUGCUGCUUGGCGCAGGAUUGAACAUGUUCGAGGUCACAUCGUUGGGACAGCCGCUGGAAGUGAUCAAGACGACCAUGGCUGCGAAUCGCGGCGACAGCUUUGCAGGUGCCAUGGCUCGGAUAUGGGGUCGUGGCGGGAUCCUCGGUUACUAUCAAGGUCUCAUUCCGUGGGCCUGGAUUGAGGCCUCUACUAAAGGCGCUGUCCUUCUCUUCGUCGCGUCGGAGGCAGAGUUCGGUGCCAAGGUGCUCGGUGCCCCCGACUUCCUCGCCGGUAUAGCCGGAGGUAUGACCGGUGGUGUUGCCCAGGCCUACGCUACCAUGGGUUUCUGUACCUGCAUGAAGACGGUCGAGAUCACCAAGCACAAGAUGGCUGCUUCGGGUGUGAAGCCCCCCAGCACCUUCGCAACCUUCAUGGAUAUCUAUCGUAAGGAGGGUAUCCGGGGUAUCAACCGUGGUGUCAACGCGGUUGCUAUCCGUCAAACUACCAACUGGGGCUCCCGAUUCGGUCUCUCCCGUCUGGCUGAAACUGCUAUCCGUAAGGUCACUGGCAAGGACGACAGCCAGAAGCUUUCCGCGAUUGAAAAGGUUCUGGCGUCCGGUCUGGGUGGUGGUCUCUCCGCCUGGAACCAGCCGAUUGAAGUCAUUCGGGUUGAGAUGCAAAGCAAGAAGGAUGACCCUAACCGACCGAAGAACUUGACUGUUGGCAAGGCUUUCAAGUAUAUCUAUGAUACCAAUGGUGUUAAGGGUCUCUACCGUGGCGUGACGCCUCGUAUUGGCCUGGGUAUCUGGCAGACCGUUUGCAUGGUGGCUCUUGGUGACAUGGCCAAAGAGACAGUCGAAAAACUGACGGGCGAGCAAGUCACUGCUAAGCACUAA